UGUGGAUUCCCCCAGACAGUCUGGAGACGGCUAGCCAGGGAAAUGGGCAGCAGAGCUCCAAAUCAGGCAACAGCACGUGUGGAAGGAGCAGUGACCUACGAGGAGACUCAUAAUUCAUAGACCAAACCUCUUCCAGCAGAGGGCAGUGCCUCAGAUAUCAGGCGGGACCCAGGCCAGCUGGAGCCAGAGCCGGAGACUUCGCGGGACAGAUGACACCAACCCUAGGCUGAGGAGAAAUUGAGCUAAACUGUCCUUUGGAUACUGCGCGGCUAAAUAAAACACACCACAGAGGAAAUCAGAACCAUUAGCGAAGUCGAAGGCUAAUUUGCACGCGUUUCUUCGAAAAAUGUCAAGUGGAAGGAAUACCAGCAAAGAGAAUCAACUUUCUUGGCUGUUUUAUUUUCCCUUCCGCGUCUAGUCCGGAGAUGUUUGGCGUUCUCCGGGUCGUUAGAUCCGCCAAGAGCGGAUCGAGUCCUCAGGCCGGGCCGGGGGCAGCUGAGACGCGGAGGGGCUUCCGCGAGGUCGGGGUGGGACUGUCCGCAGCAUCGGCAGCAGGAACAGCAGCUGCGGGCAGCCGGGCGGAAAAAGGGAGGACGCCGGAGGUUCUGGGAGAGGCCCUUCGCCAAGGCCGUAGCCCCAACCCGAAACCGUCCCCUGGCCGUCUCGCCCAGCAGGGCGCGGCCCCAGCGCCACCCGGUUCGCCCCGGAGAGGUGGGACUUUCCCCACCGGAAGUGAUCCCGUCCAGUCUCGGGGAACUGGGGCACCUCAACCAGUGUGUCAGGGAAACCCUUCCGGGUGUGUGCGGUGGGGGGGGUGGGGGGUGAGAAAAAAAAAAGAGGUGGGUUCGCCUGGAGUCCCAGCGGCCGCCGCCGCCGGACGGCCCCCGCCCCUUUUCCCUCUGCGAGCCGCAGCGCAGGGGCGGCGGUGAGACCAAGGAGCCGGCCGAUGGCCAUGGCCUUGGCGUGACAGAGCCUCCCGGGCGGCCGGGCGGGUGCGGACGGCAGGGCCGGACGACGCCCGCGGGAGCCGCGGCCCAGAGACCCGUCCGGGCAGCAGAGACUGGAGCAGAGCACACAGGCCCGGGCCGGCUCGGCGGCGCGAGCAGGAAGCGGGGUCCCUGGGCCCCUUUGUGUGAAGGGCGGGGGAGGGGUACGGGGCAGCCCCCGGCCGCGGGCUCCUCCGACGCCCGCCUUCCCGCGGGAGCCCCCGUCGGUCCUGCGGCGCCCACCCCUUCCCUCCGGGGGGCGCGCCUCGCCUCCCCCCGACUCCGGGCUGCUCCGGGCUCGCCCUCUCCCCACGCCCCCUGCCUGGGCUUCAGUUCCUAUAGGAAGGGCAUUACCAUCCCAUCCCCACCCACCCCGGCACUUCGCUCUUUCCCCUCCCCCUCCUUUAACUUCCUCUUCUUCCCUCGUUGGGCCCUCGGCUGCUCUGCACUCUCCUCCCGGGUUCGCAGAUUUCCGCCCACCUUCCGCCUCCCAGAGCCGCGCCGCAGCGAGCGGGGUGUAAUUUUUCCCUCCCUCUGGUAGGAGUUGGGGAAGGUGAGACUCAUGAGGGAAUACAAGGUAGUGGUGUUAGGGAGCGGAGGGGUUGGCAAAUCUGCCCUGACUGUGCAGUUUGUCACUGGGACUUUCAUUGAGAAAUAUGACCCCACCAUUGAAGAUUUCUACCGCAAAGAGAUCGAAGUGGACUCUUCCCCCUCCGUGCUGGAAAUUCUGGACACCGCAGGAACUGAGCAGUUUGCCUCCAUGAGAGAUCUGUACAUCAAAAACGGCCAAGGUUUCAUCCUGGUUUAUAGUCUGGUUAAUCAACAGUCUUUUCAGGAUAUCAAGCCAAUGAGAGAUCAGAUUGUCAGAGUGAAGAGAUAUGAAAAAGUCCCACUGAUCCUAGUAGGAAAUAAAGUGGAUCUGGAACCAGAAAGAGAGGUUAUGUCUUCAGAAGGCAGAGCUCUGGCUCAAGAAUGGGGCUGUCCUUUCAUGGAGACAUCGGCAAAAAGUAAAUCAAUGGUGGAUGAACUUUUUGCCGAGAUCGUCAGGCAAAUGAACUAUUCUUCCCUGCCCGAGAAGCAAGAUCAGUGUUGUACAACUUGCGUUGUCCAGUAAAAAAAAAAAAGAUAACCUCAAUCAUGGCCAUACCGAGCAG